CAGAGUUUAAAAUUCGAACGGCGCGGGCGGGUGGGAUGAGGAUUUGUUGUUUUGGCGGCUGCUCAAAUGUUCAACGCCCAGUUACACGGUUUACAGAAAUUCGGUGCCUGGGUUGUGCCAGGAAACUAAAAGAAGGGCCAUAAGCAUGAAGCGCAGUUCAGUUUCCACUGGCGGUGCUGGUCGCCUCUCUAUGCAAGAGUUGAGAUCCCAGGACCUCAAUAAACAAUGCCUCUAUACCCCUCAAACCAAAGAGAAACCCUCCUUUGGAAAGUUGAAUAUAAACAAACCCACAUCUGAAAGAAAAGUUUCUGUAUUUGGUAAAAGAACCAGUGGACAUGGAUCCCGGAAUAGUCAACUUGGUAUAUUUUCCAGUUCUGAAAAAAUCAAGGACCCAAGACCUCUUAAUGACAAAGCAUUCAUUCAGCAGUGUAUUCGACAACUUUGUGAGUUUCUUACAGAAAAUGGUUAUGCAUAUAGUGUGUCCAUGAAAUCUCUACAAGCUCCAUCUGUUAAAGAUUUCCUAAAGAUCUUCAGUUUUCUUUAUGGCUUCCUGUGCCCUUCCUAUGAACUUCCUGACACAAAAUUUGAAGAAGAGGUUCCAAGAAUCUUUAAAGAGCUUGGGUAUCCUUUUGCACUAUCCAAAAGCUCCAUGUAUACAGUGGGGGCCCCUCAUACAUGGCCUCACAUAGUGGCAGCCUUGGUUUGGCUAAUAGAUUGCAUCAAGUUACAUAAUGCCAUGAAAGAAAGCUCACCUUUAUUUGAUGAUGGACAGCCUUGGGGAGAAGAAACCGAAGAUGGAAUUAUGCAUAAUAAGUUAUUUUUGGACUAUACGAUAAAAUGCUAUGAGAGUUUCAUGACUGGUGCUGACAGCUUUGAAGAGAUGAAUGCAGAAUUGCAGUCAAAGUUGAAGGAUUUAUUUAAUGUAGAUACUUCCAAGCUGGAAUCAUUAGCAGCAAAAAACAAAGCACUAAAUGAACAAAUUGCAAGAUUGGAGCAAGAAAGAGAAAAAGAACCGAACCGCCUAGAGUCAUUAAGAAAACUGAAAGCUUCUUUACAAGCAGAUGUUCAAAAAUAUCAGGCAUAUAUGAGCAACUUGGAAUCUCAUUCAGCCAUUCUUGAUCAAAAAUUGAAUGGUCUUGAUGAAAAUAUUUCUAGAAUAGAACUAGAAUGUGAAACAAUAAAACAGGAGAAUACAAGACUACAGAAUAUUGUUGAUAAUCAGAAGUACUCAGUUGCAGACAUUGAGAGAAUAAAUCAUGAAAGAAAUGAAUUGCAGCAGACCAUUAAUAAAUUAACCAAGGACCUGGAGGCUGAACAACAGCAGCUGUGGAAUGAAGAGCUAAAGUAUGCCAGAGGCAAAGAGACGAUUGAAACACAAUUAACAGAGUAUCACAAGUUGGCUAGAAAAUUAAAGCUUAUCCCUAAAGGUGCUGAGAAUUCCAAAGGUUAUGACUUUGAAAUUAAGUUUAAUCCUGAAGCUGGUGCCAACUGCCUUGUCAAAUACAGAGCUCAAGUUUAUGUACCACUCAAGGAACUCUUAAACCAAACUGAAGAAGAAAUUAAUAAAGCGCUAAAUAAAAAAAUGGGGUUAGAGGACACUUUAGAACAAUUAAAUACAAUGAUAACAGAAAGCAAGAGAAGUGUAAGAACUCUGAAAGAAGAAGUUCAAAAGCUGGAAGAUCUUUACCAACAGAAAAUGAAGGAAGCUGAGGAAGAGGACAAAAAAUGUGCCAAUGAACUGGAGUCCUUGGAGAAACACAAGCACCUCCUGGAGAGUGCUGUCAAUGAGGGCCUCAGUGAAGCUAUGAAUGAAUUAGAUGUUAUUCAGCGGGAAUACCAACUAGUUGUACAGAUCACAACUGAGGAAAGGCGAAAAGUGGGAAAUAACUUGCAGCGUCUUUUAGAAAUGGUCGCUACACAUGUCGGGUCUGUAGAGAAACAUCUUGAGGAACAUAUUGCUAAAGUUGAUAGAGAAUAUGAAGAGUACAUGUCUGAAGAUCUGUUGGAAAAUAUAAGAGAAAUUGGAGACAAAUAUAAGAAGAAAGCUGCUCUACUUAAGCCUUCUGAUGAAUGAAGAUUAAAUGUUGAUUAAGCAAGAACUUUAUUGAAUGUGUAAAUUUUGAAAUAUGCUUUCUUUGUAGGCUUAAAAAAAUCUAUCAUAUCCUGUACCCUUCCUUAAAAUCAAGUCUCAUAGCCACGUCUUCCCAAACCCGUGUAAUGUUUUUAUAUUUUUUUAUAAAUCUGUUCAUUAGCUAAAAAUAUAUAUUGCCUGAAAUUAUGAUAACUUGUUGAAUUUUUAUCUUUAGAUAUGAAAGACCAGUUAUAUUAUGUGUGCAGUUAAUAAAAUUGCAUGGUAAAAUGUAUUUUUUCCCUGAUUUCUCUACCUAACUUAAGAUGAUUAGAGAAUAGGUAUUAACAUCCAAAAACCGGGCCUCCCUGGUGGUACACGGGUUAAGACACAACCUAUGAAGCUGUCCGCAGCCACUGCAGCACGAAUUCAAUUCCUGGUCAGCCAGGGAGCAAUCCACAUGGCGCAGCAGACCUCUCCUGACUCUCCCCGGUCCUCCCCUCAGCAGUGUGCUUCUGUCAGUCUGCCUGUUCUGCUCCCUACUCUGUCUCUAGUGAAUCCUCUCACCCCACACACACACACACACACCCCUCUGGCCUGUACCCCAACUCUUGUAUGCAUAAAUAAAUCUUAAAAAAAAAAUCCAAAAAUCAGGAAUCAAUAAACUUACUAUGGGCUAAAUCCAGUCAUGCCCAUUCAUUAAUAUAUUGUCUAUUACUGCUUUCACUCUGCAAUAGCAGAGUUUACUAUAUGUCAGACCAUAUGGCCCACAAAGCCAAAAAUGUAUAAUAUCUAGCCUUUGACAGAAAAUGUUUGCCAAUCCCUAAUAUAAACUCCACAAAGAUGGGUGGUAACUAAAAAACUUUCCUAGUGACUGGACAUAUACAGUGCAACCCACUCCUGACCCAGACCCAAGUAGCUAAUGUUCUUUUCACUUCAUGCAGUCUUUGCUUUGAAAUAAGUUGGAGCAUAUUGUAGAAUGUGCAAAUCGUAAAUAAUGUAGUUCAACCUCUCAUUUACUCCCCCAGAAGUUCUGAUUUACCUCAGGUCACAUUUUAGUGAUAGUGGCUGCACUGGAACUUACUUAAACUGGUGCACAACUGAGUAAAAGCCACAGGUGCCAUAAAGUAUGAAUGCUGGGUGGUAAGGAUGGCAGAAUUGAGGUUUUAAGCAGGUUUAACUUUUUAGGAAGCUUCUUAAAUUAAACUGCUACCUGCCUCCAUUCAAACUUUGUUCUUUCAAGCUCUAAUGCAAGUCACAAUGAAAAACAAUAAAAUGAAAUGUAAGCAAUAAAGACAAUGUAAAAACAAUGGAAUCCCAACUAAACUUUAUGAGGAAGGGCAUUUAGCCUGAGAGUGGGAAGAAGACAGGUUCAUAGUUUUCUUCAGUGGUGGAAAUAGUCUAUCUGCACUAAACAGUAAGAUACCAGCCAUAUGUAUCGUUUGUGUACUCAAAUGACAUACAUAACAAAAAAUGUCAUAUGUAAUCCCAUAUAUAGAUGUGUAUGAGGGAGAAAGCAGUGACGUUACCUGGAUGCUCAUUCACAAUGCAGAUCUUGGCCCCACCCCAAAUUUAUUGAAUAAAAUACACUUUUUAUAGUUUACUGACAUUUUAACUUACAAGUUUUGACAUACACCUGCAAAAUCAUCACAAUUAAGCUAAUGAAUAUAUAUCCAUCAUCACUGAAAAUUUCCCCUGGACCCUUGGAAAUCCUUUCUUUUGCCCAUACCUGACACUUACCCCACAUCCAUGUCACAUAAGCACUGACCUCCUUUCUGUUACUAUAGAUAAAUAUACAUUUUUCUAGAAUUUUGUAUAAAUAGAAUCACAUAAAUACAUGCAUAUGAUUUAUUUUAUUCAAAAUAGUUAUUUUGAUUGUAAGAUCCAGCUAUACUAAAUACACAUAGUUCAUUUUUAUUGCUAAGCCAUAUUACAUAAAUGAGCUUGUUUAUCGAUUCACUUGUUGAUAGGUUUAGUGUUGGCUCUACUUUCUUACAAAUAAAGUCAUGAAUAUUUGUAAGGAUAUAUGGGGGAUUUUUUGUAUUGAGUGAAUAACUAGGAGUGAAAUGGCAUAUUUCACUUUGAAAAGACUUAGAAACUUCUAUCUCUGUGUUAUACCAUACAUUCCGACCUGUAGUGAAUGAAAAUUCCAGGUUUUGCACAUCCUUAUCCUCACUUAUGAGUUUUUAAUUUUAGCCACCGUAAAGUAUGUGUAGUUCUAUCUCAUGAUAUUAAAUUGCAUUUCUCUAAUGACAAACAAUGUUAAACAUCUUUCCAUGUGCUUAUUUAUCACCCAUAAAUCUUCUUAGUGAAGUAUCUUUUCAAAUAUUUGCCCACAUUUUUACUGGAUUGUUUAU